AUGGCUCGUGGAAAGGUCGCACAGUUCAAGCUGAAGCUGAAGAAGAUUUAUACGAGGAUCACUCGCAAUCGUCUGACUGCCGUCUUUUUUCUGUUCGGAUUCUUCCAUUGUUUUGCGCAGGGAAUCAUCCAAUCUCUGCUUUUCGUCCUCGAUUCCCAGUACUACGGUCUCCUGUCCGAUAUCACCCAGGCGGCAGAUAUCCCGCCGGCUAAUCACACAGACCUCUCGCAUGUGAGCGGAGGCUACAGGCUGGAGAUGUGUAAUUUUAUCCCCCAUAACUCCAGCAACUGUUCCCCUAUAUUUGACUCGAGAGACAAGAUUAUCGUGGAAAAUUCCCCGGAUGCAGAUGCUCAACUUCGUGGAGAAACGAUCAUAGCACAACUCAACAGUCAAUCGUUCAAAAUCAUCGCUGAUGCCCAAGGGCAAUCCCAGACUGUAUCUCAAGUCGUAUUUGAAGCAGAUGGAGGCGUUGGAUCUGUCAACAUGUCCGAAUCCUGUACAAGCAUGCUACUAUAUCCCACCCAGCAUUUCCAGAACAACCGACGAGAAGAGAUUGCCUUCUUGUUUCUUCAAUUUUGGCUCUUCAUAUUGUCUAUCAUAGCGAUGAUCCACGAUUCCGUGCCUCACGUACUGACUGUAUUCAUUACCCGUAUCCUACUCACCGCCUGGUCAAUCUACUCGCUGUGGCGUACGGAAUGGCAGCAAGCAGUCUUUCAACAAGCCAUUGAAGCCCCAGGCACCUCGUGCUCUGCUGCAAUGUUCGGAGUCUACUUCUCAACGCGUAUUCUAUACGAGAUUCCUGAUAUCAUUCUAAAUUGUUCCGCUCUCGGGAUCUCUGCCUUUCUUUCCUGGACUCUGCUUCGAACCUACAAUGCGGAAGUCUUUACUUGCGUCGGCGCACCAAAAGCAAUCACAAAAUUGUACAAGUACUUCUUGGCCCUGCAAGUCUGUCUACAACUCGAAGCUUUCGUUCUUAUCACUGCCGCAGCGCUAUGGGUCGACCAGCUGUUCAACACAUAUAUCCAGCAAAUCUCCGCGCAUACUACAGUCUAUGAGGUUCUCGUUAUCUCGUAUGCCGUGGCCCUUGGCCCAUGGUUGUUGGCGGCGUGGUUUGGUAUCCGUUCUGAAAAACGAUUACUUACUCUGGCAUUCAUUUUUGUGGGAAGUUUGUUCAUUCUUGGGAGCUCUCUCAUGUUCAUCUCCCAAGUCUACCGGACCUUCUAUGCCUGGCCAUGUCUUGGUUGCUUCAUCACUGCUUCACUUGUUCUUCUUGUCGCAAGUGUUGUCCUUGGAAUAUUGUGCUAUACGAAUUUCGGUAAAGGUCUUGCACAAUAUUUGUAUGUUGAAGCUAGUCUGUCGUCAUCCAACUUCGCGCCCGAGGUUUUCGACCGCGAUGUGGAAAGCACCUACAUUAUCAACUUUGACGACAAAAAACUGAAAGCAAAAGGUCUUCAAGCAGAUUUCACCACACAUUAUCUGCCAACUUUGGGUUCCAUUCCUUCUCGAGACAGUGCUUCUUCUGAGUAG